AUGACAAAUAAUCAUGAUGUUGUAAGGUUAGGAUUUAAAAAAAUUGAUAUUAAUUUUGAAAAAACAAAAAAUAAUGAAACAUUAGGUGUUAUCAUUCGUCAAAAAAAUGAUUAUUGUAUGAUAACAAAAUGUGAAUCAGGAUCAUGGGGUGCAAAAUUUCUUAAGAUGCAAGAUACAAUUAUUAAAAUUGAUGGAAUUACCAUAACUAAUAAAGAUGAAUGUGUAAAACAAUUGACAGAAUGUAUGAAAAAUAAAUCUAAUGGAAUUAUUGUUGUAGAAAGACCAGAAUCUAUUGAUGCAAAAGUUUGGGCAGCUAGUGUAGUAAAUGAAGAAUCAGCUCUUUCUGCUACAGCAAAAAUGGCUUUAAUGUAUAGUAAAAAUACAAACCCACCACCACCAACAUCAUCUACAACUCAAACUCCUCCUAUAUCACCUACUCCUAAAAAAAAUUCUGUACCAAAUUCUACAUAUGGAUGUAAAAAUUUUUCUUUUGGUCAAGAUGUUAAAGAUAUUGUUAUAGCUGAACUGGAAAGAAUAAAAAAUGGUGGAUUAAGUACUCCUACAUUUAGUAUAAUGAAACAAGAUACAUUUGAAAAAGGACAAAGAAAAACAUUUGUUAAUGACAUUGUUGGAGAAAUUCCUAUUGUACCUGAUCUUAGUAAACCAACGAUGCGUUCUGUUGGAAAAAUUUAUAUGGGUAAAUAA